UUUUCUUAACAUUUUUUGGAGGUGUCUUUCCCCUUGCUUGUGUGCGCGCGUAUCCGAGCCGUGUAAUCCAUUCGUGUGUCGUUCUCGCUCUUUCUUUUUUUGUUGUUGCUUCAUCGUAAGUACUCAACUGUCCGUUUUAUGACUCUUGUCCAUAAGAUGCCCUAGCUGUCUUGGUCGCGAGACGGUCUUUUUUUUAAUGCAUGUCAAUUUUAUCUCCUUGGAAAUCAUCACGUAGGAGUCAGGGAGCGAGACAGAGAAAGCGCGAUGGGGAAAAAACAAGGGAUCCCAGUUGAAAAUGUAAGAGGAUUUUUAUUUAGCAGCCACUGAAAAGAGAUUAGGGCGACAGCGGUGGAAGUUAAAUUGUGCUGCAUAUAAAAUGGGCGGGCUAGUCUUUAUAUUAGGUUGGUACAGCCUAUUCUAAAAUUAAAUGGUCUGCGCUUGGGCACAGUCUGUUUGCCAUGCACUUUAUUUACGACUGAUGAACUAAAACGUUGAUUUUGGAUACAGACCUCGGUGCACAGAGCAGAUUUGUUAGUUUAGUGGAAGAUUUUUUUUUUUUUUUUUUUUUUUUUGUUGCUGACAGACUGAGAGAGUUCAACUCACUACAGCACCACCAAUGAACAGUGAGAGAGACCUGCGCAUAUCGUCAGCAGCCGCUUCUCCAGCCUCAAGCUAAAAUUCGUCAGAUCUGAGAUCACAGAGGAUUUUUCUCAUUCAGUCCGGCUAGAAAAGAUAUUCUCAAAAGUUUGAGGAUAUAGCCAGCGGACACCGAAUAUACCCCGACUCGUCUGCUCAGUGAAAGCUCAUAUUGCAACUAUGUGUGGACGGAGCAGGACGGCCUUUCUGUGUCUGUGGGCUUGCUUGCUUGCCGCCAGCAGCGUACUGGGUGGGAAAAGCUCUGGGCAGAAUGGCAUGACAGAUGAACAGAAAGAUAACACUACAGUGUUCACCAAGAUCUUAGACAGCCUUCUGGAUGGCUAUGACAAUCGCCUCAGGCCAGGACUGGGAGAGCGUGUAACUGAAGUCAAGACUGACAUUUUCGUGACUAGUAUUGGGCCAGUUUCGGACCAUGACAUGGAGUACACCAUCGAUGUCUUCUUCAGACAGAGCUGGAAGGAUGAAAGGUUAAAGUUCAAAGGCCCCAUGGCCGUGCUGCGUCUCAACAACCUGAUGGCCAGCAAGAUUUGGACCCCCGACACCUUCUUCCACAAUGGCAAGAAGUCGGUGGCUCACAACAUGACCAUGCCAAACAAGCUGCUGCGGAUUACAGAGGAAGGCACGCUGCUGUACACCAUGAGGCUUACAGUAAGAGCAGAAUGUCCCAUGCACCUGGAAGACUUCCCUAUGGACGCCCAUGCUUGUCCUCUGAAGUUUGGCAGCUAUGCCUACACCCGAGCAGAGGUGGUGUAUGUGUGGACCAGAGGGGCUGCCCAGUCUGUGGUGGUGGCAGAGGAUGGGUCCAGAUUAAACCAGUAUGAUCUGAUGGGGCAGAGUGUGGAUUCUGGUGUGGUCCAGUCCAGCACAGGAGAGUAUGUUGUGAUGACAACCCAUUUCCACCUGAAGAGGAAAAUUGGUUACUUUGUGAUCCAGACAUAUCUACCCUGCAUCAUGACAGUCAUCCUCUCCCAAGUGUCUUUCUGGCUCAACAGAGAGUCCGUCCCUGCCAGGACUGUCUUUGGAGUGACCACUGUCCUGACCAUGACCACACUCAGUAUCAGCGCCAGGAACUCUCUCCCUAAAGUGGCCUACGCCACAGCUAUGGACUGGUUCAUCGCUGUCUGUUACGCCUUUGUCUUCUCGGCCCUCAUUGAGUUUGCCACAGUCAACUACUUCACCAAGAGGGGUUACGCCUGGGAUGGAAAAAGUGUCGUGCCAGAGAAGCAAAAGAAGAAGAAGGAGUCUCUUCUUAAGAAGAACAACACAACAGCCUACCCAGCUGCCACUGCUACAGCCUUCGCCCCCAAUAUUGCCAGGGACCCUGGAUUGGCCACUAUUGCCAAAAGCGCCCCACCACCCCCAACUGAGCCCAAGGAGGAGCCAAAGCCCAAGCCUCCCGAGGCCAAGAAGACCUUUAACAGUGUGAGCAAGAUAGACAGGAUUGCCAGAAUAGCCUUCCCUCUGCUCUUUGGAACCUUUAACUUGGUCUACUGGGCGACCUACUUGAAUAAGAAGCCCAAAUUGCAGGGGAUGAUCCCACACUAAUCCAUGUUUCAUUCCUUUCAAAUGAUACCUGUAAUUUUUUUCAUUUUCUUUCUUAUUCCUCCUAAAACAGGUGUUUAUUUUCAGACAAACAUGGUGUCCAUGCUGGUUUGAAUUCCCAGUUGUUGCAUUGCUUCUAUGUUUACCUAAAGUUUGAAGAUUUUGAAAAAACAAAAUAGAGAAAAAAAAAAAAGAAAGAAAAUGAUACAGACUUUUGAAAGGGUGUUGUUCAGGUCUCGGGUGAUGCUACUAAGAAAAUGCUACUAUAAAUAUAUAGCCAAGAGAAUGCUAUUCUACAACUGCACAUAGCCCAAACUUGUUAAGGGGCUUUUGUUUCUAUGUUUGUUUUCUUAUUUUUCAAUGUUUUCUAUUUGAUUUAAACAUGGAAUCACACACAUGGUAAAAGGCACUUGUGUAUAUGCAUGGGCAGGGCAUCUUAUCAUUUAUGUUUAUUUAUUCAAAAGACAAAUCAACAUCGACUGAUAGCUUAGUUUAUUUGAUAUCAGCAGCAAAAAUGCUACGCUCAUUCUCUGUCAAAAUAUCUUCAAUUCUCUGUAGAUGUUUUAUGAGAUUAAUUAUGUCAUUCUUCAAAAUAUGUUAGGGUUUCUGCAAUAGCAAUAAAACAUGUCUCAGUGGACACACCAUUUAUUUAGGGAUAAAAACAAUACAAAAAUCCAAUCAUCCUUGUGCUCAGCAUUGAAAAUAUUAAUUUCCUUUCACAGCGUUGUAAAUAUUACCAAGUGUUAGAGAUGUCAAUAUUAUGUUUAAGCUUUGCAAAGUGUAACUAAAGGGUAUGUUUAUUGAAUACAUGGAAAAGUAAACCUUUUUUAAUUUAAUUUAUUUUUGUUUCUGUUCACGAUACUUUCUACAAAAGAGUAUAUACUGGUCUAAUUCACGCUUAAGUGACUGUUUCUCGCCAAGUUCGCGUUCCAUUCAAAGCUGCUUUCACACUGAAGUUAAAUAUUAUUCAACUGUGUGUAUGUGUACACACUGAUGGCAACAACAGCAACUACAACAUCAACGGUGUAAACUGAGAUUGGCUAGUUAUGAGGAAGAAUGUAAAAAUCAUCUCGAAUCCUGGAGUGCAUUUGACAUUUAGAAUUAAAGCACUCAUUAUUUACUUUUUUGGAGGUUUGUUUUAUUUAUGGUGGGGCCUCCUUUGCCAAAACGCCAUUUCUAGCAAAGUGCAGUUGACAUCGCUUAAAGACGGGCGGGGCACAUUGAGAAGGAGGAGAAGUGCCUUUUUCAUUUCCAGAGUUGAAGCUGUGAUGGCUACUACUUUGUUGAUUGAUGGCGCAUCUGUAUUUUCCAUCCCACUGUGUCCCCUGACCCUUUUUUGCCAUAGUCCCCAUCUCCUUUCAGUUGAAAAUUGAGACAUAACACUCAGAAAGUACCAGCUACACUGCCUUCAGUAUCACAUGCCCGUUUGGACUCAUUUGUUGCUGCUUGUUGGUGAGCAACAGAGAGAGACAGGGACAGAGACAGAGACAGAAAGAGACAAAGGGAGAAAGGAGACGUUGAGUUGAAGUGGCACUGUAAUCUUGCUUUAGCCGGCGCUGUGUUUCGCACAGAGGACUUGUCUUGUAGUUCCACGAUAGUGACGAAGAUGAAUAUAUUUUUGUAGCAUGAUGUCAAUCCCUCUUCCGAGAAAAACCAACAGAAACUAACACAAAUGUGAAAAGAAUUUCUUUUGUUUUUGUCUUGAACGUUGCUUGCUCUUUUUUUUCUUUCAACUCUUACAAAAACAUACAUUUUAAGGACAUGCUUCUUCUCUGAUGUGGCACGUUGAGGUUUCUGAGCAGUCCAUUUUAAAUUUUGUUAAUGUAGCAAUAUUAAUUAGCAAGGGCUUUUCUUAGGACCUGAACCUGACACUCAGUCUGGGGGCAACAUCCAUUGUAGCUUUACACUGACCCCUCUCUACUUGUAGUUUCAUCGAUAUACAUCGAAAACUAGGAAUUAUUUAGACUUGGUCAAAGAUAACAGGCAUUGCAUUGUGUGUCCAUCUUAGGUUCUGAAGCCUUUGGCUCGCGCUCUAACCUUGUUUCAUAAAAUCUCAACAUAUCUUGUCAGGGAGUGGGGGUGCAUCGUACUGCAUAAUGGGUUCUGGGUGUGCUUUUUUUCAAUAUGUUUUACAGGGCACUGAACAGGCUAAAAGGCAUGUAAGAACCCUGCAGAAUUCUCUGUGUGUGUGUGCGCUGGGGUGAAGAGAUCCCACUAUCGCCAGAGGGAAACGAAAAUGAGAUUGGUGGUUGUUGCUAUUGUUAUUAUUUGCAUUAUCAUUAUGACCAAUACUGAACCUAUCCCCUAAUGGUGGAUGUCUUUGCAGCAUAUGCAAGCGGUCUACCGUUAACAGCCACUUAACCUACAAGCAGAGGGUCAAGGAACUGCAAAGUUCA